AUGCCUGGUGACGGCGGCGCGGUGCCGCUAGUGAAGAUGAACUACGUGGAGCGCUUGUUCUUGAUCUUGGAGAGCGACGGUUGCUGCUUGGUGUCCCUAUUUUUUCGUUGGGUUAUCUUCGCAGCGAUCGUGAUAAGUAUAGGAAGCGUGUUCGGCGAGCCGAGUCCGCUGGACUCCGCGUGCAUGGUGCUGUUCUCGGUGGAGUAUGGGCUGAAACUCCUGUGUGCGCCCUUCAUCCGCAUUGGGCUUUUUAGCUCUGAUGAGUUAUUGAAGACAGUAUUGCCAGAGUCCACGGAGAAAGCUCUGAUCCCGACCUUCGUCAGUACGAGGGCGUCACGGCUGUGGCAGUUCGUCAGCAAGUCUAUGAACAUUAUUGAUUUUCUUGCUAUCCUUCCAUUCUUAAUGUCGGGCGUGAUGGAUAACGGGUCGUCGAAAUUUGGAUUUCUUCGAGCAUUCCGUGUUUUGCGCCUCUUCCGGGUAUUGAGCCUCGGCAAGUUCAAUUCGACCGUAGCCGUCUUGGGCGACGUAAUCGGGAGGAGCUACUCAGCCGCCCAUGUCCUGAUAUUCUGGGUGGUCAUGGCCUCCAUCACGAUCGGGCCCCUCCUGUACCAGCUGGAGGCCAACGCGAACCCCGAGGUUGACGAGGAGACGGGGAAGCCGCUACCGUGGUCCUUCGACACGGUGCCGGGAGCCGCUUGGUGGGUGUCCGGGCGACUGUCGGACAUGCACUACAACAUCCCCGAGAAGGGCGAAUUUCCGUGGUCGAAGUGGGGCGCCCCCGUGGUUUUGUUGAUAGGCCUGAUCAAGAGCCCGGGGCUGCUGGCCGCGGUCGGCAAGCUGAAGUCCGCGUUCACCGAGGCCCAGGCGGAGCAGGACACGCUGGACCGCCUGACGAAGGAGGACGCCCAGGAGCUGUCGGAACCGCUGGGCACUGAGUGGGUCCAGAGCCCGCUGGCGCCCUCCGCGGAGGUUGAGGUCCUCGACGAGGACGACCGCGUGGUGGGCGCGUGCAUGUUCAGCCUCCCGCUGCUGGAGGCGGCGCCGCAGAACCUGGUGCUGACCGUCCCGGUGCAGUGCUGGAGGCGGCGGUCCUGGUUCUCGUGCGGCGCGGCAAGCCCUGCCGUCGACUUCCAGGUCGUGUGGCGCCCGCGCCCGUCGGGGAAGCCGGGCCACCCGCUCGGCCGCCUGGAGGUCGGACCCUGCAGGCGUUUCACGGGCCCCGCUGACGCCGAGUGGCGGUGCCUGGUCCGCGUGCCGAGCGUGCUCGGCGGCGGCAGCGGCGCGCUGCACGAGUGGCUCAGCGAGCCCAGCGACGAGGGCCCCCCGGAGCCCUCGUGGGAGGGCCAGUGCGGCGUCUUCGAGGUCGACUGGUCGGGCGUAUCCGGCGGCGCCGUGGUCGGCGCCAAACCGCCGCCGUCCGACGAGUCCUUGGAGGAGCAGCUGCGGCAGGCCCUGGCGGAGAGGGCGGCGCUGCUGGACGGGCUGCAGAGGGCGUGA